CUGACAACAACCGUGAGAUUUUGACAGGUUCUGAGAAUAUCGGGUGAAAACUUAGAGAUAGCUUAACAAGGCCGUUUUCCCUCACACUCUAUUGACAGUAAACAUCAAGAAAAAACAAUGGAGUACAUAUCUCCCCUAUACUUGCACAAGGACACAGAAAAUCUUCUUUUGCCGGCGGCCGAAAGAGGUGACGUCGGGAUGAUUUUGAAACUGUUGCGAAAAAAGGCUAACGCCAACCUCACAGACGAAAACGGGAGAUCGGCCUUGAGCUUAGCUGCAGCAGCUGGCCAGACUGAGGCUGUCCGAUUGUUGCUGGAGGCUGGAGCACAGGUCAAUGCCAAGGCUUUCUCUUAUGUGACACCAUUACAUCUGGCUACGCGAGGUAAUCACAUAGAAGUUGUGAAAUUAUUAAUACUGAAUGGUGCAGAAUUAGGUGCUAGGACUCAGUCAGGGUUAAGUCCCAUUGACCUUGCCAAAGCAGGUUCUCCUCUGUGGGAGUUACUAAAGGCUGCCCAGGAUGGAGACCUUCCAGGGAUUGAUUAUGACACUGAACAGUCUGCUAUUCCCGAACAUGCCCUUGGAGGUUUUAAAAAGACUAAGAAAAAAUCCUCAGCCAAAAAGGGGAAAAAAGGAAAAGGAAAAAAGAAAAGUGGAAAAGGGAAAAAGAAAGGAAAAGGGAAGAAGAAAAAGAAGUGACACAAACUGUGGUGAAUACACUGUACAGUACAAAUUUAUCUAUUUUUAUUAAAAAAACAUCAGAUCAUUGUACUUUUCUUGUACAAAACAUGUCAUAAUCAUUAUGUACAUAUCAUAUGAACAUUUGAACACUGAUACCCUGUCAGGAAUCCAGUCAAUUACAGUGUUACAUGUAUUCAGCACAAAUUAACAUUAAGGACUUUAUUCGUGACAGUCUUACAUGAAGGACCAUACUUGUGUUAAAUGGCAUGAAAUUAAUGUAACAUGAAAUCAGCCUUGACAGCAAGACUUGCCA